AUGGCCACUCACCCCAAUUUACAUACGACUCCAUUUGGUGGGUCCGUACAGAUGACCGAGUUUAAAUUCAGUAGCUUGUACUGGCGCCACAUUUAUUCGGGACCGAGCCCAAACCAAUCAAACAUCAUAGCUGCAGAUGCUACUACUGAGUGGGGCCAGACAUUAGCUAACAACUGGACUAUAUAUGAUGGGGUUGGCCUCAACGCCAAGCUAGUGGCCCGUGCACAAGGGCUGCAUCUCUACGCUGGUACUUGGCACAAUACCUUCACCAUUGUGUUCGAGAUUGAAGGGUUCAAGGAAAGUACACUUCAGGUAAUAGGAGCAUCUGUUGAGAAAGAAGGUGAGUGGUCUAUUGUUGGGGGGACUGGUGAAUUCGCGAUGGCACGUGGUGUUGUAAACAAAAAGCUGCACGGGAACAUAGAUGGUGGAGACAUAAUCGAGCUUACCAUCCACGGUUUCUGCCGGAAGCAGAUCGCUCUCACGAAGGUUGGCCCAUGGGGUGGCAAUGGGGGUUCGGUUGUUGAAUCAGAAAAACCCUGGAAGAUAGAGAGCAUCACCAUCCUGUAUCAAGGAGUAAUUGGUUCACUUGAAUAUUCUUACAUCAGCCAAAAUGGCAACAAGCACACCGCAGGUCCUUGGGGUAGUAAGAAUCCCAACCGCGCCGAGAUUGUGCUCGGCCCUGGGGAGGUUGUGACAGCAGUGUCUGGAACAAUUACCAAACAUAAUAACCUCGAUGUCAUACAGACACUCAAGUUUGUCACCAACAAGAAAUCCUACGGACCUUAUGGAAAUACUGGUAAUGCAAAAGUCGGUACUCCUUUCAGCGCUGUCGCACCGAAUGGCAAAACAAUUGUCGGCUUCUUUGGGCGUACUGAUAUGAGAUACCUGAACGCAAUUGGUGUUUACAUGGACUAG